UCACAUACCUAAAUAAUGGCCGCCUUGUACAUACUCCGCCACACAGAAGAUGGCGCUGCGAUUUCUGUAGGGGUUCAAAGAACUUUCCUUAUGAAAUGGAGUUGUGCGCAUGCGCCAUUCCUUCCUGUCAAAGCGUCUUCCCUGCGCAUGCGUAAUACAUUUGCUCUCCUUCUGUCUUUCCCCGCCAAGGUGAGGCCCGGAUCAUAUCAAGGGUGUCCGUCCAGCUCUGUUGGUUUACGGGUCGUUAGAGUUCUACCGCGCUGUCGCAGGGCUUCCAGAAAGUGCUAUUCUUGCGCCACAUUCCCUUUAAAUAUGUACUCCUGUGCCAAGCUUGUGUCUAACCCAGCCCUGGUGAGGGGCGGAGUCUGUCUCCUUUCUCGACCAGCUUCUAUCCCACUACUGAGCUACACUGGAUUAAGGACCGAACAGCUAAUGCCUGUUCCAGCUAGGGGAAUCCAAAGCAGUGUAACAUGCAGGGACAUUGAUACAGCUGCAAAGUUUAUUGGAGCUGGUGCUGCUACCGUAGGUGUGGCUGGGUCAGGUGCUGGUAUCGGGACAGUGUUUGGCAGCCUUAUUAUUGGAUAUGCAAGGAAUCCUUCUCUGAAACAACAACUCUUCUCUUAUGCCAUCCUGGGAUUUGCCCUGUCUGAAGCUAUGGGACUGUUCUGUCUUAUGGUUGCUUUCCUCAUCUUGUUUGCCAUGUAAAAUUAUUGUCUCACUAGAUUGUUUUGGAUCCCUGUACUAGAGCUCUGUGGUGAGGGCAGAUCCCUCAUCACUCUGCUUCUGUAUAAUCUGAUGUUCCUGUAUUAUAAAUACAUUGUGGGUCUUGUAUUUCAGGAGCUCGCUCAAAAAAAAAAAGGUACACAUGUGCAUAAAGUUUUCUGGAUGGAGAAAUAAGUGAUGGUCAUUAUUAAAGUGGUCACCUGGACAUUUCUUCUUA